GCAGCAGAGGCAACAGGCCGGCCCUGGCUCUGCCUGAGAUGGGGGUGCGGGUGGGCGUGGGGCUCGCGUUCCGCCUGCUGCUGCUGCUGCUGCUGCUGCUGCUGCUGCCCGCGCCCCUUCCCGCCCGCGGCGCCCCGCGCUUCGACCCCACCUGGGAGUCCCUGGACGCCCGGCCGCUGCCCGCCUGGUUCGACCAGGCCAAGUUCGGCGUCUUCAUCCACUGGGGCGUGUUCUCCGUGCCCAGCUUCGGCAGCGAAUGGUUCUGGUGGUAUUGGCAAAAGGAAAAAAGAAAAACAUAUGUGGACUUUAUGAAAAAUAAUUACCCCCCUGAUUUCAAAUAUGAAGAUUUUGGACCACUAUUUACAGCAAAGUUUUUUGAUGCCAACCAGUGGGCAGAUAUUUUUCAGGCUUCUGGUGCCAAAUAUGUUGUCUUAACUUCCAAACAUCAUGAGGGCUUCACUUUGUGGGGCUCCCAGCACUCGUGGAACUGGAAUGCUGUAGAUGAGGGGCCCAAGAGGGACAUCGUCAAGGAACUGGAGGACGCCAUUCGGAGCCGGACUGACCUGCGUUUUGGACUCUACUAUUCCCUUUUUGAGUGGUUUCAUCCACUCUUCCUUGAUGAUAAAUCCAGCUUCUUCCAGAAGCAACAGUUUCCAGUUUCUAAGAUGCAGCCCGAACUCUACGAGUUGGUGAACAAGUACCGGCCGGAGGUCCUGUGGGCAGAUGGCGAUGGAGGAGCACCCAAUUACUACUGGAACAGCACAGGUUUCUUAGCUUGGCUGUACAAUGAAAGCCCAGUUCGGGACACAGUAGUCACCAAUGACCGCUGGGCAGCUGGUAGCAUCUGUAAGCAUGGUGGUUACUAUACCUGCAGUGACCGGUAUAACCCAGGACAUCUUCUGCCACACAAAUGGGAAAACUGCAUGACAAUAGACAAGCUUUCCUGGGGCUAUAGGAGGAAUGCAGGAAUCCAUGACUAUCUUACAAUUGAAGAAUUGGUAAAGCAACUUGUAGAAACAGUUUCAUGUGGAGGAAAUUUUUUGAUGAAUAUUGGGCCAACUAAGGAUGGCACCAUUUCUCCAAUUUUUGAGGAGCGAUUAAGGCAAAUGGGGACCUGGCUAAAAGUCAAUGGAGAAGCCAUUUAUGAAACCAACGCUUGGAGAUUCCAGAAUGAUACUGUCACCCCAGAUGUGUGGUACACAUCAAAACCUAAAGAAAACUUGGUCUAUGCCAUGUUUCUCAAAUGGCCCACAUCAGGACAGCUGUUUCUUGGCCAACCCAAAGCUACUCUGGGAUCAACAGAGACCUGAAAUCAGCUAUUUCUCC